AUGAAGAGAGGGUUGCUGGCGACAUCGAUUCCACCGACACAUGUCCAUCCCAUCCUGUCCUUACCGCUCUUGUACAACAAGUCUGUACUAUAUUCGCAGCCGUGUCUCCCUACCCUCCUCCCCCCUUCCAUUCUCCUCCCGUCCGUGCACAGCAUGCGUCGAUGCACAUCUCGGAAGAAUAUGAAGAGACACUCGCUGGCAUAUCUUGCCCGCGGCGCCUGUCUAGCCGCGCUGGCUCUCGUUGCGCAGGCGCAUCCCGCGGCCAACACCGCCAUCGUCUCACAACUCACCAUCAGCCUCACGCCCAAAGACAACGGUGCGCUCCUCGCUCGCACCGUCCAUGAGCUGUCCGACCCCAAACAUGCCCGUUACGGGCGGCACCUCGCCCGCGACGCCGCGCUCGACCUGCUCCAGCCCAGCAGCGAGGCGCUCACCGCGGUCAAGACCUGGCUGCGCGACGCCGCCGGCCUACAAGACAGCGACAUCCGGCAACGCGGCCAGCUCCUCUACGCCACCGUCUCUGCGAAGCAGUCUGCGUCGCUGCUCAAGAGACGCAAAGACACGAGCAGUCAUGGCGACUUGCACGGCGCCUACAGCGUCGCCGAGGAGGCGGUCCGGAAGCACAUUCGCGCCAUUCAUCUUGGGAGCGCCGAGUCCGACGAGGUGCAGAAGCGAUGGCACACGCACCGCAUCGAUCCGUCCCUGCCCAUGCCGCCGUCGACAGCACACAGCAAGUACCCCGUUAGUGCCGGCCUCGACGGCUGCGACGCCAAGAUUACACCCGCGUGUCUGCGCGAAAAGUACCAGAUGAGGGACAUACCGGCCGCGACGACCAAGAAGACGAUUCUCGGCGUCAUGGGCUUUGGAGGACAAACCGCGCAGCACGCAGACCUGGACCUCUUCCUCCGCGACUUUGACCCCUCCAUGGUCGGCGCCAACUUUAGCGAGACGUUUCUCAACGGCGGCGAGAACCCGCAGGGCUCGUACCCGGCGUCAGAGGGCAAUCUCGACAUUCAGUACGCCGUGGCCCUGGCGGCCGCCAACGUCGACGUCCGGUUCUACUCUGUCGGCGGCCGCAACUUUGACUUUAUCCCCGAUCUCGACCUCCCUAAAAGCAGCAACGGAUUCACAGAGCCGUACCUCGCCUUUGCCACCACCCUCGCCGCGCUCCCCGACGACGAGCUGCCCUCGGUCCUCUCCAUCUCGUACGGCGUCAACGAGCAGCUCCUCGCGCGCGACUACGCCGAGCACGUGUGCGACAUCUUCGGGCAGCUCUCCGCGCGCGGCGUCUCCGUCCUCGCCGCCUCGGGCGACGCCGGGCCCGGCCAGUCGUGCCGGUCCAACGCCGACAACUCCACCGCUACGCGCUUCCUGCCCGCGUUCCCGGCGAGCUGCCCGUACGUCACGGCCGUCGGCGCCACGCGCGGCAUCGCCGGCGAGACGGCCAUGGAGCUCUCCGGCGGCGGCUUCUCCGAGUACUUCCCGCGGCCGGCGUACCAGCUCGGCGCGGUGGACGCGUACCUGGCAAUGCACGGAGGUGAGUGGAAAGGGCUGUACAACCCGAAAGGACGAGGGAUCCCGGACGUGGCGGCGCUGGGGAGGAACUAUCAGCUGUAUUACCACGGCACAGUCGACAGCGCCGACGGAACGAGUGCUUCGACACCAGUCUUGGCCGCCAUGAUUGCCGUGCUCAACGGCCUCCGCGCAGAAAAGGGAAAGCCGCCGCUGGGCUUCCUCAACACCUGGCUGUACACCAUUGGCCGCUUUGGCUUUACCGACAUCACGACGGGGAAAUCGAGCGGCUGUCCUGGCAUUUCCUACGCGGGCCUGCCGUCGCCAAAGGUACCCGGCGCCGGAUGGUCUGCGGACCAUGGCUGGGAUGCCGCCACGGGCUGGGGCACGCCCGUCUUCUCACGUCUUCGGCGCUUGGCUUGCCUAUAG